CCACGCUUUCCCCGUCAAAUUCGUUCGAUUACAAAUGCGAGCCGCUACGCACACGCCUCGCUUCGGCUACCUGUUGCGCCUCGGACUCGAGUCCAUCGGUGUGCGCUACGUGUCCAUCGAUCUGCUGCGCAAGGCUAAGAAGAACCAGACGACGGAGCGCGAGUAUUGGACACUAUGGAGGCUGCUACAUGACUUGGUGCUUGUGGUGCUGGCAGAUUUUGAAGUAGACAGUCGAGAAGUGGAGCGUCUUAAUGACGCUGAGGUGUUAGAGAGUUCACUCCUUGACACUGAGCUGCACGGCAUUCAGAUGGAGUUAGUGCGGUUCUAUCUCUACGAGUGGGGUUUCGUGUGCACUACAUUUUAUUCUGUACCACCUCGAUCAUCAAGUCAAGUGCUUCUGCUUGCCGUCGCGUGGCUGCUGGCAUUCUCCAGGUUCUUUGAAAAGCAGGGCCGCUAUAUUCUUGAGCGCUGCACAGACACAACACAACCGCGUUUACCUCCAUUCCCGAAUGACGUGGAUAUUGAUACUGCGCGCAUUCAAAAGGCUGCGCUCCAUGCGGUUUCUACUGCACUAGCACCUUGUGAGGAGAACUUAUCCAUGGAAGGACAGACGCACCAGUUGCAUAGUGCAUUCGGUCGUUUACAAGGUCAUCUGAACGAGUUACAAGCCUACACCCGCUACCAUGAUCGACUCUUAGCUCGUCUCAAAAAUCUGCAAAACAAAUCUGGAGGACACCAGGAGCUUAUUCCAGCCUAUGUUCUCGAUCUUCUAGCUGGACCAACAUCAAGAUUAUCCAAGCAAGUCCAAGUGCUAGCUCAAAGUGUGCAGAUGAUAGAAGACGAAGCUCAGUUCUACAAGUGGAUCAAUAGUCUCGUGCUCUCGCUCAACACCAGCGAUAGUCCAGACUCCAAAUUGAGCCCAAUCACUGCAACAGACAGCAUUCCUCACGCACUGCGCACUCAGGUUCAAGAAGUACAAACACUCUUCCAAGCACAUGCAGAUUCCAUCCACAAAAUCGAGCAAGGCUACAAACAGGAAUGGAAGAAGUGGACAUCUCGGCAGAAAUCUCGUUCUCGGCUUCAGCAGAUGGAGACGAAAGUGGAGAAUUUUACUCAUGAGGUGCAGACACGAGAGCUCUUUGAUCCUCAGAAGCUAUUUCUCCGCUCUCAGCGAUCGUGGGAGGAUUCAAACACUAGUCACGUAAAGAACUACACUAAACAGAUACACUUGGCGACGAAGGAAGAGGUGGAUCGACUGCAGACUCAGAUAGCAAGCGUUAUCGACGAGAUCACACGAGAAUACUGUAAUCUACAGUUGCGGUAAAUGACAUAACAGUUAAGGUUAUUUACCUCUUUGGUUAAGUUAUUCACGCGGUACAAGACGGAAACGCAGGUCGGUAUGAACGCCGUCAUUGUAUCGACGGGAAUGUGCGAGGAUUUCCCGUUCGGUUUGUUGGCGGAGCAGCGGCAGUACGAGUGUUAGGAAGCCGUCACGCACCUCAGGCGGCAGUCGAGGCAGCUCCACGCCCAUAGGGAAGUCCUCAGGCAGCGGGCCUUUGGUUUUAACCACCUGGAUGAGCCAGCGACGCAAGUAGCGCAUCUUUUUAAUGUUAUUCGUCCACGCUCGGAG